UUGUUUUCAUUCGCGGUUUAUUUCUUCUCCGUGCUGUUUUGUUAAAAAUUUGUUUUUAUUUUUAUUUUUGUAAAAAACACAAAUUUCCCUGCUAAUCAGAUUAAAAUUUUGUAUUCAAAUGAAAGAAAAACAAUCACCCAAUGAUGGUCAAAAUAAAUUCAAAGUACCCGUUGUGACAAUAUCCCAAAUAAAUGCUGAUGUUAUUUCACUUCUUGCAACAAAAUAUUGGUCAGCUGAAACCCAAGCUGACCAUCAGCCCUUCGAUCCGAAUGUUAUCGAAGAAAUCUAUGCAAAGGAAAUACAAGAUUCCAAACAUUCAAUUCGUCGCAUUAUGAUGCUCGAAUUCAGUCAAUAUUUGGAGAACUAUCUUUGGCCAAAUUACAAAGCUGGACAGGCGAGUCAUGCACAUGUAAUGUCCAUUGUUGUUAUGGUGAAUGAAAAGUUCCGAGAACGUGUCGAAGUUUGGCCAAUAUUCGAGACGAAAGCUGAAGAAUUCUCGGCAUUAUUUCGACAAGUUAUUGAAUCAUGUUUGCCGCGUGGUGAGAAUCUAAGUGCAUUUCAAAUUCGUGAACAAACUGCAUUGUUGGUUUUCAUUAAUCACUGCUUCAAUAGCAUGGAAAUUGAAUUGUGUCGAGAGCAGGCGAAGAGAUUGGUCUCGCUGUCGAUGUGGACAUGUUUGCAACCAAAACGCCGUGACCAAGAACUCCGAGACAUACCAGAAUGGAAGAAAUUUUGGAAAAAGAUUCAAAAAAAGGAGAAGACAGAAAACAAACCGGAAAUUGAUUGGGAAAGGCGUUUCCUUCAGAACUUGAUGAUAAACUUUCUUAAUAUUUUGGAAAAAAUUCCAGCCGAGGGACCGGUUAAUAAUGAUAUUGUUCAUUAUUGUGAACGGUUUCUUGAAUUUAUUAUCGAUUUGGAAGCACUCCUGCCGACACGUAGAUUCUUUAACACAGUCUUAGAUGAUUGCCACGUGUUGGUUAGAUGUCAGAUUUGCAAUUUGAUAAAACGAGAAGAAGGCAAAUUGUUUGGACAGUUAUUGGAAAUGCUCAAAUUCUACACUCGUUUCGAAAUCAACGAUGUUACUGGUGACCCACUGACUGACCACGAUAUGACACAAAUUCAUUACAAGAAAAUCACAUCUCUACAACGUGCAGCAUUUGCCAAAUUUCCAGAUUUGAAAAUGUUUGCUCUAUCCAACGUUGCCUCAGUCGAUACACGUGAAGCCCUCGAAAAACACUUUGGAGCUUUAAAUGCAAGCAAUUUAAAAGAAAUUGCCUCCUUUCUGAAUUUAGUUCCAGACGAACUUACAGAACCAUUUGAAUGGCAUCGUUUGGAUGAAGAAUUCCUCAAAGAAUUAUUAAUAUCACGUCAUGAGCGAUAUUCCUCUCAAUUGGAAGCUUUAAAUGAAAUGCCUCUUUAUCCAACAGAAAAUAUUAUUUGGGAUGAAAAUAUUGUUCCAACUGAAUAUUAUUCUGGUGAUGGAUGUCUUGCUUUGCCCAAAUUGAAUCUACAAUUUCUUACCCUACACGAUUAUCUAUUAAGAAAUUUCAAUCUGUUUCGACUUGAAUCAACCUAUGAGAUUCGCCAAGAUAUUGAAGAUGCUGUAAGCAGAAUGCUUCCAUGGCAAUCAGAAGAUGGUGAUGUUGUUUUUGGUGGUUGGGCAAGAAUGGCUCUGCCAAUUCAUUCAUUUGCUGUUGUUGAAGUAGCAAAACCUCAUAUUGGAGAAAAGAAACCAUCUCGAGUGAGGGCCGAUAUUGCUGUCACACUAAGUGUCCGCAGGGAAAUCAAAGAAGAAUGGGAGAAUCUAAGAAAACACGAUGUUUGCUUCUUGAUUACUGUUAAACCAACACAACCUUAUGGAACUAAGUACAACUCAAGGGAACCAUUUAUCCCUCAAGUUGGCUUGGUCACAGUUCGAGGUUGUGAAAUUGAAGGAAUGCUAGAUGCUAAUGGUCGAGUCAUAGAGGAUGGACCCGAUCCGCGACCUACUUUACCCGGAGAACAAAGAACCUUCCGUGUGUGGUUGGAUUCCAACCAAUAUCGUUUGGAUAUGGAUGCUUUACAGGAUGGAGCUGAUGAUGUUUAUGAAAGUUUCAACAUCAUUAUGCGUCGUAAACCGAAAGAAAACAACUUCAAGGCUGUAUUGGAAACAAUUCGUCACUUAAUGAACACUGAAUGUGUUGUGCCACCUUGGCUGCAUGAUAUUCUCUUGGGCUAUGGUGAUCCUAGUGCAGCUCACUACUCUCACAUGUCCAAUCAAGAGAAAUCCUUAGACUUUAAUGAUACCUUCCUUGAUAUUGACCAUCUACGUAACAGUUUUCCGGAUUAUGAAAUUAUUUGUCCAGAAGAAAAACCUGAACUCUUGAAAGCUCCAUUUCGACUUUCUUUUGGUGAUGUGCCUGAAAAAAAUGAUGAUAAUGAUGCAGAGAGUCAAAAUGAUGGCACACAACUUACAAAAACAAUUACAGUAAAGCCUUAUGUAUUUGAGUGUCGAGGUCCUUACAAGGACAAUGCUCCUAAAAAAAAUACUGUACGUUUCACUCCCACCCAAGUGGAAGCAAUUCGAGCUGGAAUGCAACCUGGAUUAACACUUGUCGUUGGUCCUCCUGGUACUGGUAAAACCGAUGUUGCUGUUCAAAUCAUCUCAAAUCUCUAUCACAAUCAUCCAAAUCAGCGGACAUUAAUUGUGACACAUUCCAAUCAGGCUUUAAAUCAGCUUUUUGAGAAAAUCAUGGCUCUGGACAUUGAUGAACGCCAUUUACUGCGUCUUGGUCAUGGUGAGGAGGCCUUGGAGACUGAAAAAGAUUUCAGUCGUUACGGAAGAGUCAACUACGUGCUAGCCAAGCGCUUAGAUCUACUUAAUCAAGUUCAAAAGUUGCAAGAAUCAAUUAAUGUUCAUGGUGACAAUGCAUAUACCUGUGAAACAGCUGGAUAUUUCUAUCUCUACAAUGUCAUGGCUCGUUGGGAGCAAUUUCUUAAUACAGCCACAGAAGCAAGUGUAAAAGACGAAGCGACGUGGAAGGCAGUUUUCGAUGAACAAUUUCCAUUUGCGAAAUUUUUCUCCGAUGCCACACAACCCUUAUUCAAAGGUGAAACAUUUAAAGACUACCUAUCAAUUGCUGAGAGUUGUUUCCGUUAUAUCACUCGAAUAUUCACCGAACUUGAAGAAUUUCGAGCUUUUGAAUUACUUCGUAGUGGUUUAGAUAGAUCAAAGUAUUUACUUGUUAAAGAAGCUAAAAUCAUUGCCAUGACUUGUACACAUGCGGCAUUGAAACGCAAAGAAUUGGUUAAUCUUGGUUUUAAAUAUGACAACAUCCUUAUGGAAGAAUCUGCACAAAUUCUAGAAAUUGAAACAUUUAUUCCAUUGUUAUUGCAAAAUCCUAUGGAUGGUUUUAAUCGACUGAAACGUUGGAUAAUGAUUGGAGAUCAUCAUCAAUUGCCACCGGUUAUUAAGAAUAUGGCUUUCCAGAAAUACUCGAAUAUGGAACAGAGUUUAUUCACUCGGCUGGUGCGAUUGGGUGUGCCCACGGUUGAUUUGGAUGGUCAGGGUCGUGCGAGAUCGGGUAUUUGUUCGUUAUACAAGUGGCGCUAUAAGAAAUUGGAUGAUCUUGAACAUAUUUUCCAAAGGGAUGAAUAUAAGAAAGCUAAUGCUGGUUUUGUUCAUGAUUAUCAAUUGAUUAAUGUUGAAGAUUUCAAUGGAGUCGGGGAAUCGGAACCUAAUCCGUUUUUCUAUCAGAACCUUGCAGAAGCCGAAUAUAUUGUUGCUGUUUUUAUGUACAUGCGACUUCUCGGCUAUCCAGCUGAGAAAAUCUCCAUUCUAACAACUUAUAAUGGCCAAAAGCAUCUUAUUCGCGAUGUAAUUAAUUUGCGUUGUGGCAAAAAUCCACUUAUUGGAUGGCCACAUAAGAUCACAACCGUCGACAAGUAUCAAGGUCAACAGAACGAUUACAUUUUAAUAUCAUUAGUUCGGACAAAAGCUGUUGGUCAUUUGAGAGAUGUUCGUCGUUUGGUUGUGGCCAUGAGUCGUGCUCGUUUGGGUCUUUAUAUAUUUGGCAGAGUAUCGUUGUUUAAAAAUUGCUUUGAAUUACGUCCUACUUUUGAAUUGCUCACGAAACAUCCUCAAGCUCUUCAAAUUCUUCCUGAAGAAACUUUCCCAGCAACACGAUUGAGUGGCGCUUCAAUUGAUGAUUCUCAGCUAAAGAAAAUCAAUUCGAUGUCUGAAAUGGCUGAAUAUGUCUACAAUCUCUACAUGAGUAAAGUUAAUGCUCUAAAGGAGCAAAUGACUGAAGUGGAACAAAUUUACGAUGAUUUACCCCAAGAAACAGAACAAAUGGACACAGAUUCACAAGAAAAGGAAAAUGAUAAUGAUGAAGACGAGACUGGCGAUGGGAUGAUACAUGAAAUUAUUGAAACAACUCCAGCUCCCAAGAAGAAAACGAAACCAGCAACAACAAAAGAGCCAGAAAAAUUUAAACAAACUCCUAUAAUUAAUGAAAUCGAUGAACCAGACAACUAAUAAACAAAACUAAAUCAACAUCCAUUUUAACUUGACAAAAAAAAAAUCAAAAACAAAAUUAUUUAUUUCUUUGGUGCUGUUAUUCCCUCCAAUUGUGCCUUUAACUGAGCAUUUGUCUUCUUCAAAAAUGCAACUUCUUCAGCAUAUUUCUUUUCUUCCGAAGCCCUUAAUUCAGCAUUACGUCGUUCAUUUUGUUCCGAUUUAAUUUUCAUAUCUGUUAUUAUCUCUUCCAAAGCUUCUUUAUCUAUUUCGAGUUGUUUUACUUUUUCCCUGAGUCGUUCUUUCUCUUCAUGAGCUUGUAAAGCUUUUCGCAUACCAAAUGCUACAGAACUACAAUACAACGUUUCAUAGGCUUCCAUAGACAUGGCAAUUUCAUCGCGAAUGCGAAGAAGCAAAAGUCCUCGUUCCGAACAAUUGAUUGUCACUUCACGGAUAAGUUCAUC